GCAGCGCCUCAUUCGGCGGAGGAGUCCACGGAGGCAUCGCUCUCUCUUCGGGGAAGCAGGGCAGGCGGGGGCGGCUUUCUCGGCCACCUCGAUGCGGCGCCUCGGUGGCUGCCUGGCGGUGCUUCCCUUCAGGGACAGGCGGCAGCCCUGAGGCGGGCCAGCGGGCCCCUUGUCCUCCUUCCGCUCCCCGCCUGAAGCCUUUAUCUGCCGCCGCCGCCGCCGCCGCCGCUUCUCCCCCUCAGCCUCUCCCCCCAUUUGUCCCGCAUCCUCGCCCCUCAACGCAAGAGGAGCUCUGGCUGCCAGUCAAGGGUCUUCAUGAACCCUAAGGAUGUCCGGGAAGCACUACAAGGGUCCUGAAGUCAGUUGUUGCAUCAAGUAUUUCAUCUUCGGCUUCAAUGUGAUCUUCUGGUUCCUGGGAAUAGCAUUUCUUGGAAUUGGACUGUGGGCCUGGAAUGAAAAAGGAGUGUUGUCCAACAUCUCCUCCAUCACUGACUUGGGAGGAUUUGAUCCAGUUUGGCUUUUCCUUGUGGUCGGAGGAGUGAUGUUCAUUUUAGGCUUUGCAGGAUGCAUUGGAGCUCUGCGGGAGAACACCUUCCUUCUCAAGUUCUUCUCAGUAUUCCUGGGAAUUAUCUUCUUCCUGGAACUCACAGCCGGUGUUCUGACAUUUGUUUUCAAAGACUGGAUCAAAGACCAGCUAUAUUUCUUUAUCAACAACAACAUCCGAGCAUACAGAGAUGACAUUGAUUUGCAAAACCUCAUUGACUUCACUCAAGAAUAUUGGCAAUGCUGUGGUGCCUUUGGAGCAGAUGACUGGAACCUCAACAUCUAUUUCAACUGCACGGAUUCCAACGCCAGUCGAGAGCGCUGUGGGGUCCCCUUUUCCUGCUGUACUAAAGAUCCUGCUGAAGAUGUCAUUAAUACUCAAUGUGGCUACGAUGCCAGGCAAAAACCCGAAGUUGACCAGCAGAUGGUUAUUUACACAAAAGGUUGUGUCCCUCAGUUUGAGAAAUGGCUUCAAGACAACCUCACUAUAGUGGCUGGCAUAUUCAUUGGGAUCGCAUUGUUGCAGAUAUUUGGGAUAUGCUUGGCUCAGAACCUGGUUAGUGAUAUCGAAGCUGUCCGAGCCAGCUGGUAAACUGACUGACCCCAAGUGGCACAAGGCGCUGGACAAUUAAACCUCAACCCUUGGAAGACUCCAUUGUGUCCUGUGGACACCCCACUAUAUGGAAAUGGGUAACAGGGAAAUUUGAGUUCUCAGAUAGUUGGAACUGCAUGGGACCCUUGUUCAUUCCAGAGGGAACAGCUUCAGCCUCAUGCUUGCUAGUGAGAGUUUUUGGAAAAAGCUCUCUUUUCAAAUGUUUUGAGCCAUGUAUCUCUACUGUAUUCAUGCCCAAGUAAAGUGGCAGAUGCUCCUUUCUUCUUUAUUUUGGUGGUAAAGUGACUGUUAUCAUUGGGACCAGAGUCAGGACGUAAUUUAGUGAGCGAGUUGUUUAUUCUCUGAGUGAGAAGCUUGUCAGUCGCAAGACAGUUUUUCCUCUCUUCAGUGCACACCAAAGGAGAAGUGUGUGUGUGUUUUUUAACAGACAAAGAGACCAGCAUUCCUUCUGGGAAAAGAACUCACCAAACAGAAAACCACUUUGUACAUCUUGGCCAUUUUGCUUACCAGCCAGAAAUAAUCGGCCUACCAAAACAGAUCCAACAUUUGCUCUGUAAUGCCCUCUAUUGGGGAAUAAUAACUUUAAUUCUUUUUAGGCCUCUUGGAAUCUUUAUUUCCAAAAGGGAUAGAAUUUUAAGGAGAAGCAUCCAGGUGUGAUUGUUUUGACCACGGUUGGCAAUGUGUAAUGUGAGAAAAGAAGUGAAUGGCAAGUUUUGAGAACGAAAAGUGUGCUGAAUCUAAAAAAGAUCCAAACUCAGAAUGUUCCAACCUUCGUUGGCAAAAUUGUGGAUCUCAUGUUAGGCUAGCAUUUUGCAUAAGAUGCCCCGCUGAAGCCCUUCCAGGUGGAUAUUUCCCACAACUUCUGCAUGUGAUGGCUAUAAUAUUUUGGGAUGUGUUCAGUGUGAUCGUUUUGGAUAUCCGUUCUACAGAGGCUUCCAGUUACAACAUGGUUAUUUAUUAGUGCAAAAGUGGAUUCAAUUAUGACCAUUUGCAUCUCGUUAUUUUGCAGCUAGAUUGUACCACUUGCUUCUCUUUCUUUUUUUGUGUCUUUCCCACUGAAUUGAAAUAGUCACAUCUUUAUUUAAAAGGUUUAUGAGAUGCGUGACAUAACCAUUUGAUUUUGAAAGAGGUGAAAACAGUAGAACUUGGGAAGAAUUGCAGUAGAAAGCUCUUUGGAACUAUCAUCCUAGAUACUCUUUCUUCUCUCUGUUUUUUCUUUGAGAAAUGUUGAAUUGAGACUGGUUGGUGUUCAUUCUAGUGAAUGUCUCAGGGGUUUGGUUGCUGGUGUUCAUAUUUGAAUUAGAUAGCAGUGAAAAUGCAAAGCUGACGGUGCCUUCUGUUGGAAGAACUACAUUGAGCUUUUCUUAUCUAGGGGAUGGAGUCUGGUGUAAUCUCAUUGAGUAUGUGGGAGAAUUCAUAGUGUCUUAUCAGUCUGUAGCAAGGAACAUGUGAUAGAGUAGAAUGUGUUUUACAAAUCCAGAUAUUACCAGAGCGCAUAGCUGUCGAGACAAACCGAAUCUAAGAAGACAGAUGCAAAUUGAAGCCAAACUGUGCACCUUCAUGCAAACCACCCUCUCAUUUUAGUGAACAGUUGACAGUGUGAAUUAAUGCCUUCUCCAAAGGCUUCCAUUUUCUAUCACUAUUUAAAGAAUUAAGCAUUCCAGAUACACUUACCUCAUUUUUAAAGAGACCCCAGUUAUGACUGUUGGAAACUGUUUGUGCUUUUGGAGAUGGUCUACCGAAAGCCGCCUGCAAUGCCAUUGGUUCUGAAAAUGGCAAUUGUAAACUAUUCUCAUGGGCAGCAUGGUUUGCUGAUCCUUGUUCCUUUCACUAGCCCAUCUUAGCAUUGUUUGGGAGGUUGCUGAAGUGAAGGGAACAGAAUUUUUGCCUUGAAGUGACAGGAAAAAAAUUAAACACUGUGGGUACAAAAAUGUUGGAAGAGCCUAGAAGCAGGGCAUUUGAGAUGUAACACCAAACUACCCAAGAUGUUAAGAGAGACUGCAACUAUAUUAAAGAAGCAUUCCUUUUUCUGUUUCUGCUGCUAUAUGUUUUAGAAGACGAACUUCCAUGCUUUUGCUUGAAUAUUUACAGCUUUGUUAAUGACGAAUCGCUGACUUGUAUUGUUCCUUACCACAGAUUAUUUUUCUCCCAUCGCAAAGACUGAGUUUCUUCUGUCAUUUGUAACUAGUGUUACUAUGUCAUAUUGGUCCUAAGAGUUGUCUUGUUGGUCCCAGAGAAGGGUUAGACCCAAAAUAGCUAAAUUAAUGUUAGACAUGUCCAAAAAUUGUCAAUAGUGCUGUUUGCAUGAGCAAUGUCUGUAUUUUGCUGGCUUCUGGAAGAAAUUCAAAUCUAUUUUUAAGUUAGAAAAAUCUUUGUUUUUUCCUGCCUGAUAUUGUUGUUUCUGAUUGUUAAACAAUUUAAGAUUCUUUCAGUUGUAUUUUCUUGUAGUUUUAUACCACUUUUUAACAGUUUGUUCAGAUCUCAUAGGUGUCACUGGGCCGGCAUUUGUUCCUGAAAUUGGAUUACCAGCUGUCCAAAUGUAAACUUCUUUAAAAGGUCUUGAACUAACAGGCCACCAACUGAAUCCACAGACUCGAAAUGGGAAAUUUCACAGAUCACAUAUUAGGUUAAAAAAUAAGCAACUGCCAGCAAAUUACUGAUUUCAGUGGGCAAUUUCUGAGUGUUGGGAUGGAAUAUGUAAAUAACGCAACUUUUAAGUUACCUUUGGGAACUUACUCGUUUCCACAUGGACCACAGUCAUUCUUGCCAUGAUCAAUUGGAAAGUUGUAAAUAGUGGGGCAAGGGGAGUUGGGCAGAUCAUUUUCUCUCCUACAUACUGUUUCUCCCUUGUUUUGUAAUCCUCCCUUUAUUGCUUAAUAAGGUAUAAAUAUUCAAAAAGCUUGAGGUAAAAAUUUUGUUCUGCUUCAAGUGACACAAGUAUAUUCAUCCACACAUUUGUCUUCUAAAUAUGGAAAAUAAAGGAAGUUUUUUGCUUGCUGGUUGGUUCAAGGGAAGCCUUUUAAAAACCAAAUGCAUCAGAUUAAUUAUAUAGAUGGUUAAGUUAGCACAUGCCAAUGUGUUGCCCACUAACUUGCUCAAAUCUCUUAGAAGCUCAACACAUUUGUAUUUGCUGUGUUUGGCCACAUUUGUGGAGUGAUUGAAUGAUCAAUUCCACGAUUCAAGUCACAAAGCCAUUUUCUUUACAAUCCUGCAAGGUGUAGCUGAGUGUCUAUAUUAUAUUCUUCACUAUGCAUUUCUGCCCUGGACCAGAGAGGACUCUCUAUAGAAUUUUCUUGUUGCUUUAAUAUUUUGCUUAAAUAAUUGCAGGAUUUAAAUGUUCUGUAUUUCCUGUGCUGAGUGACCCAUCUUGGUCCAUGUUUCCUAGCUUAUUCUGUCCUUUGCAAUUUAAAAGCUGUGGAACCCCCGCCCUACGUUUUUGGGUUUGAUUCUCCCUCUGUUCUCUGAACUGAUUCCUUCUUUCUUUUCCACGAAAUGCUAUAUGUUUGUUGUGAAAUGACUUGAGGACUUGGCUUUUGCUAGGUUCCAUCUGGUGUGUAAAUAUUUGAAAUGUAAAUAAGUAGCAUGCAAAUGAACUGAUCCAUGCACAGGAUUGUGAUUCUUCAUAAAUAUGUAUUUAUACUGAGAAGGAUGUAUGAGCAGUUUGCCUGUCCGUUAUAAAACUUAAAAGCUUUACAUAUCUUGGUUCAAAUGGGGAAUGCUUUAAUAGCCUACCAUCUAGUGUUUGCCUGGCAAAAUUGCAGCUUGAGAAAAAUUGUAAGAACUGCCUGCAGUUUUCAUGAUGUUCAUUCAAGAGCUGCUGUGUAUCGCUUCUUUUCCUACCUGCUUUGUACAAUGAUUAAUUCUACUUGGCUGCUGAAACCACAGGAACUUCAUUGACUACUGUGUUGUCCUGAAACUGAAUAUCAUAUCUUCGCUGGUCACAUUUACCAAAGACAGCUGAAGAGAGUGUAUGUGAAUGGGAAUAUAUGAGGCCUGUUUUCCAAAAUUCUGGUCUACUUAAUGGUCAGAAUGUCAAGCACAAUUUGAUAAAUAAUUGAUAGGCUUGAGUAGGUCCAUCUGGCCAUGUUAUCCAUUUUUUCCAGCCUCACUUGAGCAGGCAUUGAUAAAUGUGCCUUGCUCACUUCCAUGUUUUACUGAAUUGUAGUAGGCAUGGUCUUCAGAAUAAUUGGAGUGGCACUGGUUUUGUUGGAUUUGACAGUGUUGCAUGUUAUAAUGCCUUUUUAAAUUCUCCAUCCUUUCAUUUCCACAAUGCAGAAAUUAAGCUCAUAAAGAUCAUUGUUAAGAGGAGCUUUGCUGCCCCAAUUAAGAGGACUUUCUGUCAUGGAAACAGCAAGAUCUAUGCAGGUUCAUUUUGGGGACACGUGCGACGCCACGUUACACUGAAUUAUCUUUAUUCCUUCAAGAAAGUCCUACUGUUGAGGCAGGCUACCUAACUCUGCUGGAUUGUUUUUAAGUCUGUGCAUGCCAUUUGUUUAGGAACAUCUGUUGCUAAGUUCCCUCCACAGUUUAAUGCUUUCAAGCGUAAGUUCUCAAAUAGGCUUAUACAAAAUAUAAUUAUGGUAUGCACACACAUUUGCUGAUAUUUUAAUUUUCCUUAACUAGGGUAUGUCAACAUGACAUUUCUAAAUGUCCAUUUUCUUGUCUGGAUGUAACCACUUACAUGGAGAGCAAUAUAUCUAAAUCAUUUGGACGUAUAUGAGUGGAAUAUGUUGUAAUGGAUUUAUAAAAUCUAAUGCAAUAUACCUGUGUUUCCUCUAGGCUCCUUUUCAUAUAUCUUGCUUUAUAAUCCCUUUUUAAUUUUCAGUAUUGGUACAACAUUUUCAUGUGUUACUGCAGAUAAAUUAGUCCCACAGUUUUUGUGUGGAGGAAAAUAAAAUAUGAAAGCUAUUUCUCAGACUUGACAUGAAAAGUGAGGAAUAAUAUCUGAAGUGGGGUUAGUGACAAAAUCAUCCCUCCUUUUUCUCCCCAGUGUGCACUGUUUUGAACUGAAAAUGUAUAUUUUCCCUUAUGGGUGAUGUAUCAACAUCUUCUGAGACAGUCUUAGGUAUUUGCAGGUCCAUCUCUUGAUCCAUGACAAGGCUCUCUUCAGAGAUUUAGCUCUGUAUGAAGACAAUCCUGGAUGAGCUGACAAGCAUGCUCUUCUUACAGAAUUUCAGUCUUCCUCUCUUUCUGAUAUGGCAUGGAUACUCCAUCCAGAUAAAUUGUAUUACUGUCGAAGGAGGUUUUCAGCAUCAGUAAGAAUUGAAAUGGCUCCUAAAGCCCAGCUUUCUUGUCUUGUGCCUCCUCUUGGUAUUUGCAGAUAUCACAACGCCAAGAAGAGCAGUGCAUUUCAGGACUUUAUGAGAUACUUUAGAAUCGCCUUAGCCAUGGGGAAGCAUUAGAAUCUGAUUUGACUGUGUGGUGUGCUGAAACUGUAGACGUAUGUAUGCAUGUAUCUGCAUAUGUCUACACACUCCAGUAAGUUUAAGCAUCUGUUAAAGCUCAGCAUCGGUCACACUGAACCAUGGUAGAAACACUUUAGGAGUGUAAAUGAUGAUAAAAUAAACUUUACCUGUUAGUGUCUCAACUGCAUAGUAUGUGCCUAGCAAAGAUGAACUUGAAACAAGUGUUUUGUUCAUGGUCAUACUUUAAAACAAGGUGGGGCAUGGUCUGGUCUAUGACUCUGCCUAAUUCUUAAUACGGAGUUAAUUUCCAAGUAUGUUUCUUCCCUAAAUUGUUGCAUGUCGUAAUUAAGGACACUCACUGUAAUUAUCAUGGUGUUGCGUUUUUUAAUUUUCUUUUUAUAUGAAUGUACUAUCCUGUGUUGAAAGUCUUGUAAAUUGCAAAAUUGAUUGUAAAAGCCAAUUACACUUAUUGAUGAUGGAAGGUAUUGUUAUAACAGAAUUGCAUGCCAGUACAGUUUGGCAGAAAUUGUGUUGUCUCAUUGCCAGCUGGUCACACUUGGUCUAGAAAUGAAUAUACUAUUUUGCUUACCUGUCAUCUCAUCUUUGCAUUAGAGUAUGGUAUAUUGUUGCCCAUUCAGAUUUCAAUGGAUGUAACUGGACUUAUACAUGAAGUUAAAACAACUUCUUUUGUCAGUUUUUAAAGUGUUGACAGUGGUCUUCAUCAUGCUUUCGUACCUUUUUUUUAAUAGAUGAAAUUGGUAGGAAUGUUUUAAUAUUUUUAUUAUGGACAACAUAGUUUUACUAGUUGUGCAGUAUUCUGUAUUUUACUUGAAGUAAAUCAUUUUAUAUGCAAUUUGUUAGUAUAAAAUUACAGUUUUAUAAAUAAAAUUGAGUGACAUCUUGUGUCUA